GGAGCAGCGAGAGAGAUCCACGGUCCACACUGCAGGGCCCUGUGCUGUUCAAAUCCAUCUCCACUGUCCACUGUCCCCAGUCUGCAGUCCACCAGCUUGACACCGCCCACACCCAGUCCACAUCCAGUCAGUCCCUUUAUAGCAACGAGCAACCAUGAAGCUGUGGGCCGUCUCUUCCCUGCCCGUUUACACGGAACAAGGUACACGAGGCAGGUCGGAGAACAGAUCCAAGUCCUCUUCAGUUUCCGUCAUUGCACCAACUUCAUCCAUAACAACAACUCCAACAUCCACCACUUUGCCGGUACCGGCUUUCGCUCCUUCAAACAACGGCCACUUGCUACAUCACGAUCCUUCCAACUACAUCCACAACGAGCUUCUGGAGCCAUCCCUCAAUGGCCCGCCGUCAGCAGAGGGCAUUCGACAACUAAGCAAGCAAAUGAAGAAGGUCUCCCAGAAAGACAAGCAUCUCAGUCACCACACAACCUCAUCAGGUUCCUCCUCGCUACGCUCUUUAACUUCAACCGACUCACCCAAUACCGACGGGGCUUUCAGUCUUUCGAGAAAAUCUUCAGGACGAUCUACGAACAGCCACGCCAUGCCGAACAAGGACCGCCCCGAGAGCGUCCAGAUCUUUGGCAAGACGCUCUUCAACCGACGAGGCAGGCUGAAGCGUGAGAGCAGUUCUCAGAAUCUGUAUUCGGCCGAAACGGGCAGUGAUGCCAAUCUGCCGCUCCCCCCCACCUCGCAGCCAGCGCCAACGUCAGCCCCUUCGAGGGACUCGUCCAUCCCGGCCUUCUUUAGUCGCCGCCGGACCAUCAAGGCUGAGAAUGCCGAAGACUCGGUAGGCCAGAGGAAGAUUCAGAUCUCUGGACCGUACAACUUCCAGCAUGUGGCACAUACCAAGAAGGGCAGCAAUGUCGACGACCUGCACUUCUCCGACUUCUCAUCCGACUCGCUUCCCCUUGCUGAUGUUGAUCUGCCACCCUCGCACCGCCCUCCUUCCAUGUCGGCCAAGCAGACAUCACCUCGACGGCUCAUCAAGCACGCAAAGUCGCAGGAUUCGAUGAGCAUUGCGCCUCCCCGUCCACCUAGGUCUCCGAUUGAGGAGUCCAUUCCAGUCCCGCCCGUUCCCGGCAUCCCGCCACGAGUGUCCAGCCGCAUUUCCACACCGGCAGAUGGCCUCGACCCAUUCACCUUGGGCCGGCCGCAGACAAGUACCGGGUUCCGUCAGGCCCAACCGCUUGCUCUCGACACAGAUAGUCCCACUCCUCCGGUGACAUCCCACGGACACACCCGCAUGACGAGUGUUCCUGACAAUGACCUCAACUGGCCGUUGCCCGCCCCGGCGAAUCCCGCGUUUGAUGCCGUGCCCGAGGAGGACUCUUCUAUCGUGAAGCCAUCCCGCGCUAGCGUCAUCAGCAACUCGUCGCUCCGUGCCAGCCAGUCCGUCCCGAUGCUCCGGGCUUUCUCUCCACGACAGGGCUAUGAUCACCACAACCGUGAACCCAGCGAUAGCUUCAGACCAUGCGCCCUAGCGGACGCCCAGCGAGCGCUGGUGUCCGCCCUAGAUGAGAUCAUCGGAGGCGAUCCUUCGCUUUCGCGGGAGAGCUGGGAGGAUGACAUUGAUUACUGCUACGAACACGCCGCCGAGGCGGACUGUGACUACGAAUGGGACCGCCCAUCGCUGGACAUCAGCCGGGACUUUGGAAGCACAGCGCCCAUGGAGUACCCUUACCACCGCAAGAAGCUGUCAUGCGACCCCGGUGCUUCCAUGCUCACUCCGGCCCAGCUGGACAUCCCCUCUCUAAGCCCAGUCAGCCUCAACUCGGCCACAACCGCACACGAAGCCAUCACACCAACAGGAAUGACGGCCGCCCCCCGGCCCACCUUCACCCACAGCCACAAAACCUCCAACUUUUCUCUCCCGCGGAUCGAAGCUCCUACCCGCUCCGCCUCUUCCGAACGGCUCAAAACCCCCGAGCUGCACGCGCGCAAGCCCUCGGACGCCUCCAGCUUCAAGGAAUCGCACGGCUUUACCCUCUCUCCCUCGCUGCUGAUCCCCACCGAUUUUCAACGGCAGAUGCGCUUGGACUCCCUCGACGAAGUCUCAGGGGCCGGAGCUGAAGGAGACUUCAGCGACUGCCGCGGCGAAUACCCUUUUGCCGCCCACGCCUUCUGCGAGCCCGGCAUCUCGUCGUUAAAGUACAAUCCGCAUCGUGCCUCUGCUUCGACAACUGCCACGCUCGAGAGCAUCAAUUCGGGCCGACACGUCUCGACGGCUUCCAUCUCGACUGACUUUACAAGGUUGACGCUGAGCACUAAUUCGCUCGUGGAUAUGGAGAACUGCAAUUACGAGUCGCCCGUUUGCGAGCUUCCGAACGGCAACAACCACGUCCGAUCUGAGAGCGUCAGCGCCAAGGGCGCCGCCAUGCCUCCCGUGCCCGAGUUUGAGGAGAUUUCUGACGAGUCCCUCCGCCGGGGCGAGAGUUUUCCUAACCUUGUCGGAUUGGCUCAGGAUAGUGCUGAAGCACCAGUAACAGGCUCGAAGCGAAAGGAUUCGAUGCUGGGGCUGCAGAGGCCAGGCAGAGGCCGCGCAAGGACAACUAGUCUUAGCACGCCACCGCCCCCGAACCAGUUUUCGCUAUUUCCCAAUGUGAAGUUGACGGGACCUCAGAUCUAGUUUCGUUCAGCUAGAAAGGAGAUAGGACAAUGAUCGAAGCCAAGUUUGGCAAAACAGUCCUUACCAAGCACCAACACUGCCAUCACUACCAUUACUACCAUCAACAUCCCGGCGCACCGAAUUGUCUUGCUUGAAAUAAAGCAUACGCGGUGAUCGCGCGAUUUCAUCCUUUCCAUCGUUUCCAACAACCAGCCAAUCUCCUUCCUCGGAAGAGGAGGAGUGGCCGGCGUAUUUUCCUUAUCACCAACCAUCGUCAUCGUCAUUGAGCAUCAUCAGCAUCGUUCAUCGUUCUUUCCUUUUCCGUAGAAAUAGACCCUGGGAAUCUGGAGGCAAACAGGCAGGGAGCAAGCACCGCACUUUUUUUUUUUUUUUUUUCCUGUUAUUUUCAUAUCUUGUUCUUGUCCAUCCUGCUGUUUUCUAUAUAGUUUUCAGUCAGUCACUCAAAUCGGUCCCAGAAAGGGGCAGUGUGCGGGGCGGGGGAAAAUGGAGGAAGCAACGAAAGAAGAAUGAAAAAAGGCAGACGGAAGGGGGAAUACGAAAAGUUUCCGAUCACUUUUGCCCUUUUACACACUUUUAAUCCCUCACUGAAACUCAACAAUCACUCGACUUCACAACACACGUCAUCAGCACCGACCGACUAUCCAAUCACUCAACCACAGUUUCGACAACACACACACUCACACCACACCAUCCACACCACCACCACACAAAUUUCCCUUUAUUUUUCUUUUGCGUCCUUCUUCGAUUCAAAUAUUUACGAGAUUAUGACUGUUAUGAAAAGUGGGGGGAGCCGGGGGAGGGGGAGGAAGAGGAGGGGGAUAUAUAUGCGGAGAAGUCUUUACAUCAAGCCAUUUGUCAAAGAUCCUGUGUCAAUAGAAGUGUAGAUGUCGCAUGUAGCAUGUAUUAUAACCAAUAGGUAUCUACCUACC